AUGUUCACAUCGUACGGUGACUUUAAAGAUGAAACAACAUGUUAUCCAAAAUGCAAAAAUGGUGGGGAGUGCCUCAGACCUGGAAAAUGCAGGUGUCCACCUGGCUAUGGGGGUAGAUACUGUCAUAAAGUAAGCUGUGAAGGAGGCUGUCAAAAUGGUGGGGAAUGCAUCUCUGUCAAUGGAGUUGUGAAGUGCCUUUGUGCUUCUGGCUGGACAGGAUCAAGAUGCCAAGAAGCAAUUUGUCCUCAAGGUUGUCGGAAUAAUGGAGCUUGUGUGGCUCCUGGGAUUUGUAGCUGUCCAGCUGGAUGGGUUGGUGGAGCAUGUCACUUAGCUGUAUGUAAACUACCUUGUCAACAUGGAGGAAAAUGCAUAGCUCCAAACGUGUGCAGGUGUCGACUGCCGUACUCUGGUCUACAGUGUACAAAGAAAAGGAAGGAAUGAAGCAACUUCAGCAA